CUUGGUGUUCGACAGAAAAAAACAUAAUUAGGGCCGAGAAAAGGGAUUAGCAAAACAUGUCCCGCUCUCGGCCUUGUAAAAAACUUACAUCACAACAAAUACCAGUAAUUUGUGCAACAGUUCUGCUGAUUGGAACCACAGCGUUGUUCUUCGUUUUCGUGUGAGUCGGAGGGUUUUGGGUGUUUCGAACUCUGAUUGUGCCCACGCCGAGAAAACUUGCAGGCUUUCACUUGUCUCUGUCUUACUGGUUUUUUUGCUUUCAGAUGCCCUUCUUUGGCAGUGGAAUAUACAGUUGCGAUCCCUGUGUAUGAAGGAAUCCUAACUCUAAUAGUCUUAUCCAGCUUCGCGAAUGCUACGUUCAGGGAUCCCGGUAUAAUUCCAAGAGGUAGGGAAGCGAGAUAACUUUUUGCUAAUAUACACAUUCAGUAGUCGCACUCAGACUUGUAAAGAGGCAACCACUGAAGAUCAUGUUUAACCGCAAUUUAUUUAGCGUUGGUUAAGAAAGCACCCCACUAGAGCUUCUCAAGGGGUGAAGAACUGAUCCUACGAUUGGUUUAUAGUUGGAGUGGAGUUGUAUGGAAUUUUAGUUGCUGUGGUUGUUAUCAGACAUCGCAGCUGUUUCCUCAACCGGUUUUACUUUGUGUAUUUUUGCCUGUCUACCGUCUGUAUUUCUGAAUACAAAUUUCUUAACGUGAAAAUUGUUUACCAUAUUUUGUCAUUGAUCUGUAAUGAAGCCGAAUUAAAAUCAGAGAUUUUAAAUUUUCCCAGAAAAGAGAAAUAUGUAUAUGUAAAGCAAGAGGUCAAUAUUAUCCAGAGGUAUUCAAAAAACUUGUGUUUAAGCGCAGUCAUUGUUGAUCAAUGCCGUGAUUCUCCUAACUUUUGGCAGGUAGUGUGAUUAAGGAAUUAAUUUAGUUAAACUUGUCUUAUGCCUAUAAAAUAUAUAAUUUUGAUAAUGUGUUACCUCAUUUACCAGUGAAAACAUCUCCAAAACAUCAACAAUUCAUUUUAAAACACUAUUUCUUUAAAGGCUGAAGUUUGCUGCUACAAGUACUAAUUCUGAGUUUUAAUUUAUUUUUAUUGUUGUAUGGCCUAAUCCGUGAGUAAGCAAGGUAAAGUGAAUCCUGUGUUCCAAUUGGCUAUCCGAGUGGGCAAAAUGGGUCCUUCUUGUCCCUCAGGAUUUCCUGCACUGGUCACACAAGGAAAAAAAAAAUUUUCUGACGAUUCCAGAGAUUUAAGCAACAAUCACAUUUUGAUUCUGAUCAAAUUUGACGAUGCAAUGUUAUUGUUGUGCAAAUUAUCUACCACAAAGAGUACUGCAUGUUCAGAGUUGUUUUGCUCUUUGUUUCUGUUGUCAUGGUUUUUUUUGCUCAAGCUUGCUUAAUUUGUAGUAUUACCAUGCAAAAAAAUUCUUAAUGUGCAACAAUUUUUUUGACGAACCAACAAUUUGAUGGAAAACAUGCAACAAAAACAAUGUCCUCAGGUGCCAAAGGAUUGGCUCACCUUUACUUUUGCAAAAGCUUCUCCAUUUUCAAAAUGCAUGUACUUUUAUACCAUUUUAAAUUUUUUAGAUGAAUAAUCCAUAAUCUGUAACCAUUAAGCUUUAAAAAAUGCAUGGUUUUUAAGGGUAUCUACAAUGUAGCAUGAUCUGCACAAAGAUGGUCCUGAAGGGUGGAUGAUACCUGUGGUGAAUGUUUAUGCGGUUGUGGUGAAUUGGUAAUUAGGUAGUAAUACAUUGUCAAGGAUGCCACAUUGAACUCUUCUACAGUGAAACAUAGAGUUGAACCUCUCCACAACUGCCACCUUGGGAACAGAAGAAAGUGGCCAUUGUAGAGAGGUGACCAUUGUCAAGAGGUUUAAACAAGUCAGUCAAUGUAUACCCUUGCGAGCAGCGAUUAUAUUUUCGCUGUGUGAGCUGUCGUGCGAAAAGUAGCCUCUGCCGACAACCGUUCAAGUUUCUAUCGUACAUGCGCGAAAUUCAUCGCGUGAUUCGCAACAGAUUCGCAAGAAACGUUAAUAGUCAGGUCUGUCAUCAAAUAGCACGAGUUUCGCGGGAUUAAAAAAAAUUGCGACAAUUCUAAUUCACGCAAGACUCACGCAAUGCUCUAAACCGGUCAAGAACAGGAAAAAACCCGGUUUUUUUAAUCUAUUCGUCCAGAUUUCUGACGGAUUUGAACAGUAAGUGUUGUUGGCAAGGGCUACUUUUCGCACAAAAGCUCACACAGUGAAAAUGUAGCCUCUGCUCGCAGGGGAGUUAUUGAAUGGACUGUCCACCAAAAAAGUGGCCAUAGUAGAGAGGUGGCCGUUAGUGGAGGUUCGGCAGUUACUCUACUUUGUAAAUUUAAAACUGCAAAGUGUUAUUUGUUUUCAAGUUAAAUCAUGGCCUUGCAAAAAUAGUUUUUAAAAUUUACGUUAACAAAAGAAAAAACAUAUCUGUGGUACCCAAAAAAUGGCCAGCGUUUUUAAACCAUCGGUAGCACCAGCUUUUUUAAAUGAGUUAAUCUAUGCAUGACUGUAAGCUUCUAUAUAGGCCUCCUUGUCAUUACCACUUUAAUGUAUUAUAAAUUUCUGUGUACUGUUGUUGUACAGUUGGCUCCCGAUAACUCGAUCCUUCGAGGGAAUCGAAAAAGGUUUGAGUUAUCGGGAGCUCGAAAAAAAUAGCCAGGAGAAAGGAAAAAACAGGUUUUACUGCACAGUGAACAUUUUAAUCACAUUUAAUCCACCGUACAGAAAAUGAUGGCGGCUGAACAUUUUACCACAAUUCCUUUCGAAUGUAACACGGCCAGUUACACAUAAAGUCAUAUUUUGGGGGGGCGAAAUUCAUCCCUGUAAUAGCAACAUUGGCUAUCCUAGGUUUGAAGUUUAUAAAACUUUUCUGUGUGUUUUUAUGAGCAAUUUUAUGGUUUUUAUCUGCUAAGAACUGUGGGUAAAUGUACCAGUCACCAUCUUUUUAGGUACGGUGGAUUGCAGAAAUGUCAAGUGAAAAUUAAAAGAUACCUCUAGAUUAAAUCAGAAUGUAACAUAACAAAACAUUUCCUAAAUAGAGCAUGCAUUUUACUGUUUUGAGAAGUAAAGCUGUUUCAUGUUAGAUUUGUGACAAACAACAUCAGCUUCCAAUAGUAAACUAUAUGCCUACAACACGUCAAUGGGAAAUUAAAAAUUCAAUGUUUGGGAAGCCAGUAGACUGUUUUUUACCGACUUUUAAUUAAAUAAAAAAGGGCUAAAACGUGGUUCGAGUUAUCGAAUGUAAAAUUAUAUAGAAUGAUCUGAGGGGAAACAAAAACUACUUCAAGUUAGUGGGAUGUUUGAGUUAUCGAGGGUAAAAUUACAGUAAAUGUAUGACGGAAAUCCAGGGGAAAUCGAUUUUGGUUCGAGUUCGGGCGAGGUUUGAGUUAAAGAGGGUUUGAGUUAUCAGGAGUCAGCUGUAUUUGUAUGUAUUUGUAUGUUGUGGCAAAAAUAAAAUGAAAUGAAAUGAAAGGGAUUGAAAUGGACUUAUCCAAGUGAAGUUGAAUUUUUAUUCUUACGUAUUGAAUUCUGGGCUCAAAAUUAACGUAUUUAUUUUGGUUAACAGUAUAAUACAAUUUUUUAUUGUUAUUUGUACAUUUAUUCUGCAUCCUUCCUAGAACUGAGAAUGUGUCUUAUUUUUAUUUUUGUUUGGCAAGUUUCAAAGUACAUGGCAGAGCUUGCGUAAACUUAUGUCAUUUAACUGCUAAAAAUAUUGCAACCCACACGUUGCAACUUGUAAACCCAAUUUUAAUGUCAGUAGGUCAUAUUAUUAAAAAUAAUUCAUAAGAAUACAUAAUUUUAUCGUUGCAAGGGGUUGAUAUCCCAUUUUUGUAAUGAUCCUCUUAGGUGAAUCCUAUUUUUCUUGUUUAUUGGCAAAAUGUAGUAAAGCCUUUGACUGUUUUGAGAAAGGAUGAAUGGUAUUAAUGAAUAAAGAAAAAUUAUUCUAGAGUACAUGUAUAUCCCUUUAAGAAAACUGGACAACAAUUCACCAAUCAUUGCAGGCAAUUUUAACAUGUUUAAUGACUUACAUGUCCUCUGUAGGCAUUUGGCUAUGUAUUAAACACUGACAGAGUGUAUGUAUCUGAAAUCAGUAUUUUAUAGUCAGCUGUUUCCUGGUUAGCUUAAAUUUUUUUGGAAUCAUUGACAAUUGAAAUGAACACCCUUGGGCUACCCAUAUCUAUACUGUCUCUGAUAUAUUUUGCUUUUGAAGUUAACACAGCAUACAUACCGUUACGUAUGCUCAAACAUAUGUGUUGUGGUUUUAUUUUGUCUUUGGUACAAACUUUAUUUUCCCUUGUCUUUGAAUAUAGUUAAAAUAAAGUCAUAAUAUUUUAUAAUACAUUUCAAACAACGGAAAAUAAAAUUUGAAUGAAGGAUAUGUUGAAUUCAAACAUAUAUUAUAAAGGAAAGUGAUGGAAAUUUGUAUCUGUGUUGAUGACAUUGAUUUUAUAGAAUGCCUUCAUGAAAUUAUGUAAUAAAGGUUUUUCUAUUCAAGACAAGGCAGAUAUUGGUAAUCUUUGAAACAAAUGUGAAUCAUGUGUGCAAUAAUAUUAAUAGAAACUUCUUAUUUUAUCGCUGGAAUGCUAAUGAAAUGCAAAAAAUAUUUUUAUCAGACUUAUAAUGUUAAAUUACUUACAAACUCCUUUCAGAAAGCUACACACAAAAAAUAUGGAUUGAUUUGAAUAGUACUUACUGUUUAAAAAGCCAUCUUGUACAUGUAAUUUGAUCCCAUACAUGUAGUCAGUGCUUUGUACCUUUUUUGCUUCUUAACCUGUCUAUUCCUGUUUAUUUUUUGUUGUUGCAAGUAUGGGGAAAUUCAGAAACUGAAAGAUGAUGAUAUGCUUUGAUGGGAAUAAAAAUAGAAUGAUAUGUUACUGUCUCCUAUGUAAAAUCAGUUUUAAGAUCAUGUUAGUUAACUUUCAGAGCAGUAUUUAGCCAUAAUUUAGACCUGCUGAUCAUUCACCAGAAUACCAUAAAUGGGUGUUUACUGCACCUGCAGUGGCAGACCUAGGGAAGGGACCCAGGGGAACCCUCUCCUCUCCCGCCCGCAUCAUAUUUCCAGCACAAGGCUUACAGGGUCAAGUUUCUGACUGAGGUGAUUUGCUUUGGUCAAAGAGCUGCCCCCACUCCCCCACUUUUCUUCAAGCUCUUUAUCAGCCAUUAAUCUGUAAGAAAUCUUCCUAGUGUUUGGAAGUGAUACCAUUAUUAUUUAUUUUAUUCAUUUAUUUUCUGGGUAAAGCAGGGAGGGGGUUUUACAAGAAAAAGAUUCUUGGUUCCCCUGUGAGGUGCUCUCCCUGCCCAUUUCCAUAACCCUUGACAGCAGAGAGACACUUUCUAGUAGAUUAAGGCCUGGCUCUAAAUCAUUCAUGAUUCUUUCCAACAAUCAUGGUUAAAGCAGCCAAGAGAAGUAGUGGAUGGCUAAUUGAACCAAAAUAGACAAACUAGGAGAAAGAAACUCAGAUUGUAAUUGCCUUAUGUCACCAUGCCCUCUGUUGUUUGAAAACUGGAACCAGUGAUUCCCACUACUUGCUACAGGUCUAGCCCCAGUUUUUGUGUAACAAAACAUCAACCAUAAAAAGUGUGGUUUCUAGAGUUUUAUUCCUAUGGAUAUAAUUCCAGAAUUCAGUCAAUCAAAUAUGCCUGAAGUAUGACUCACGUUGUGGAUUUUACAACAGAAUCAUCAACAGUUGAUCAAGAAGAUGACUUUAGAGUCCCGCUGUACAAGAAUGUUGAUAUCAAUGGCAUUACAGUCCGUAUGAAGUGGUGUGACACUUGCAAGUUUUACAGACCACCACGCUGUUCACAUUGUAGUAUUUGUAACAACUGUAUAGAGGUACUGAUGUUUUCUUUUUCACCUUGGCUUCCCUUAUUAAACAAACCAUGAAAUCUUAAAUUUUAUAGCUUGCAUAACUGGCUGGAUUAGUGUGGGAGUGCUGUAUUGUUUUGGCAGCAAAGCCGCAAGAAGAAUGGGUACAAGUCAAUUUUCCCUUGCGGCCCCCAAUAUCCACUUUCAAUUUAUUAAUUCUCCUUAUGGUACCCUCUCUUGAGGUAAUGUAUUGAAAAUGUUAGAGGAAAUAAUAUUGUUGUUGAUCAUUGGAAUGAUAUAGGCUUUGUAAUGAUAUAGACGUCGUAACAUGUCUUCAUUUUUUAUGUUCCUCUUCUUUUUCAGAAUUUUGAUCAUCAUUGCCCUUGGGUAGACAACUGUGUUGGCAAAAGAAAUUAUAGAUUCUUUUUUUUCUUUGUUUCUUCCCUCUCCCUUCACAUUAUCUCAGUCUUUGUAUUCUGUUUGGUCUUUGUCCUGGAGCAGUCAGCCAACAUUAAGGAAUCAGCAGUGCCGUAUCCUUUUUGUCAAACAGUGUUCAAGAUUAUAUUUCCCAGCUAGGAAUGAUAUUAUAGGUUUAUAAGAGAUGCUUCAAUGGGCAGCAUUCCAGUUAAAUUCUUUCAAGCAGGUUGUUGUGUAUACUAUCUGAGGGUCACAAACACCAUGUGCUAAUUUUUUUCAUUAUAUUUAACUUAACACUUACAUGUCAUCUGUCGGGUCAGGAAGCCUUCUUUGUCAGGUCAUUGACCAGAGACCCGUCUCUUAUCUGGAACACUGGGUGGGGGUGGUCUCUCGUGGUUGGUUUUCACUUGCAACAGACUCAGGGUUGUAGUCAGAAACACAGGGCAUAAUGCAGGCUCAAAAAUUGUCCCAUCCAGUAGUCUAGGUUUAGUAGAUUUUCUUGCCGGGUAUAAGUAACUUUGUAAUGCUCACUUGCCCAUGCACAGGGGUCAAGUCAAGCCUUAUUCUAAAGAAGACAUUAACUAAGACAAGCAGGUAAUGGUCCCAACAGGCAAGCAAAAUGUAAGAGCUGCUUUCCAAAGCUAAAAAAAAUUGAAUUAUUUUUUUAAGGCAUUCAAGGUUUUUUUAGCUGUGUAAUGAGCUAGUGAAAGCAGUGUUCUGAUUCAGCUUAUAGCUCCGCUGAUUAUAACCUGGUGAAAAUGUUACUAGCAGAUAGCAAAUAAACACCUUGGAUCACAAUGCUUGGGAACAAGUUUUUGUUUUCUCCUUUGUUGACACGGUCAGUGUGAUAGUUACAAUGUAGACUGCAAGAAAGCAUAGUAUACACUUAUUGAAUAAUUUUGUUCAAAUCUACAUGUGAUAUGGAAAGAUAUUGAGGUCAAGAAGAAAACAUCUUUCCUUUCUGGGCUUGGAUAAUUCCGGUAAUUCUUUAUGCAGAUGGUUAGAUUAUUAUUGAGGUCAUAUAAAAAGUCACCAUGAGUUCAGCUAAAACUAGUUACUACAGCAUUUUCAGAUCUCAGGGCUCAAAAUAACGGCUGGUCGACGCACAAUGUCCAGCGAAAAAGACGUCUUGACCAGUCAAAAGUUCCAGUCGCUGGUUAUGUUUACCGUUCAGGCAUGUCUUGAACAUGAAACAUCCAAAUCCUCACCUGUAAAUCUUAGAUUUUGUCUCUUUGUGAAAAUACAAUCACUUUCAUUGUUUCAAUUACACAAGGAUUAGUUCACUUUUUUCCAAGUUUUUGACCUGUCAAAAAACCAGGCGACCAAGCAAAAAUCUCUUUGGCCGGUCAUCAUGUCCUGUCACCACCCAAAAAUUAUUUUGAGCCCUGGAUUUCUUUAGCACUUACUACGGUAGGUCUCCUUAACAAUUGACACAGAAUAGCAGUCAUGGUAAUAUGUGGUUUGUCAUCCAUUCCUGUUGUUGGCCUAACAGUCUUUCACAUAGGACUUGUUUCAAUGGGGCGUACAACUAAUGAACAGGUAAAAAGACUAGGAAAUGAAAUUCAUACAACUGUGCAUCAGUCAAUUGCCACAGUAUCUAUAUAUCCCCUUGGCAUUCUUAGCAGUCAAUAAAACUUACAGAUUUACUGAAUCAGGAUUACAUACCCUUUGCUAUAUCAUGCCUCUGCUUCAAUAUUUUCUAUGCAUGUAUAUUAUGUUUGUGGCCUACAGAACUCAUUGUAAACUCAUUAUUAGAUGGACAUCAUUGGAACUAGUUUUUCAAAAUAAGUUUAAUGAUUUUCUGUUGUUUACCCAGAUGCUAGUGGGGCUGAGCAAAUGCUUGAAACAAAGAAUUUAAAUUUAACAUACUGUACAGGUAACAGGGUAAAAAAACCCUAGCUGGCCGGAGUCAAGCCAGCUGGCUAAUCACAAGCAUGAACAAUCCAGCUGGUGGUCAGGGUGGGACUUAGGGCCUCCAAAUUGCAAGUCUAGCACUCUAACUGCUUUUCCACACUGCCUCCUACUUCUGUGUCCAGUAACUUAAGAGUGAGUACAGUCAUGUAUUUAUUGCUCUGUGAUAUUUAUGUUCUAGGUGACAGGAAAGUUCCGCAGUGGUCAUAAUCCUUUUGACCAAGGCUGUAAAAACAACUGCAUGGUUACUCUUUGUUCUUCCCGGUAUGCAAAGUAAGAAGCAUUCUUUCUUUUUAAUUUCUAAGUCAAUUUGAAAUUCUUGGCACUAGUCAAUUUUAAACUCACAAGUUCUGUGGAGGUUGUUAUUAGCAAUCCAAUACACCAAACUUUUCCCAAUCCAGGCCACAUAGUUGGAUCAUCUUGUAAGUGAACAAGAUGUUUAGGCGAGAUGGUUUUUAUAAUUAUGUUCCAUCAUUUUUAAAUAUCUUGUAAGCAACCACUUCUUGCAUGGUUGGCCCUUGUUCGCUCUUUGACUACUCAAAUCAGACUAUAACUGUUGGUGACAAUCUGAAGCUAAACACACCUGGACCUAUAAUUGGAAAAGAACUACUGUGGUUUGAUUCUUGUAAGUAACUACUAAAUCUUCACAUUCUGGGUGGUUGAUUACGAGAAGUUCAACUGUAUUGAAAAAUUCUUAGUAGGAUAGAGAUCAGCAUGAAUUGAUGUGGCCCAGUCAAGAGUUUAAUAGGUUUUUAAUCUGUUAAUUAGAAGAACCAGUAAUCAAUCAAUUUCUGGUACAAACAAAUGCUUCGUAAUCUUUUUUUCUCUCAUUUUUGCAUGGGAGUUUCUGCUUCAUCCCAGUCACUCAUGAUGGGGAUAUUUUAGUAUUAAGUAAAGGGAUGCUCUGCAUUUUUACCUGCCAUCUCCUGCUUGUGUUUUUGGCUAGUCCAUGAUCACUGCUUAGGUUUGGGAAAGCCUAUAGAUUAGGCAGUGGUAGUGUUAUCUGCAUACCUGUUUCUAUCCAACUAAAAGCCUUUUAACAUUCUGCAAUCUAUUCUAUUUGACAACCCACCCCCACCCCCUCCCAAAAGGAAGUAAGUAUAAAAGGGUUACAUAGAGUCAAAACCCUUACAGGCUUGAAUCCACAUGGUUUUCCAGAUCAUUAUGGAAAACAGUCAAUUUUUUUUACCAUUAAAGGAGACAACACUUUCAGCAGCUUAAACAUAAGAUUGUCAGGGAAUGUCAUCCUGUCCCCCCACCCCAAGGAGGCAAGUGUCUUUGGCAGUCAUAUGAUUGAAAAAUAGUGACACAUUUAUUUCCUGGUUCCAAUCCUGCCUUACUUCCAGAAAUAUUUCCUUUGAUUGGCUGUUGAUUCUAAAAUGGUGGCAUAUUAAAAUAAUUUUGUUUACCUAUUAUUUCUAGGUACCUUGGUUACCUGGAAAUUUUAAAGAAGGAAGAGAUUAAGCGAGACAAGAAGAAGCAGAGAAAUAAAGAGAAAGAUAAAGAUGCUAAGGCUAAAACCUCAGCGGAUGGAACAGAAUUAUCAGAAGUUAAAGUUGAAGUAACAUCUAAUAAUAAAAGCCAAAAAUUCCAGGUAUAGCCAUGUGUUAUGUUGAUUUUGCAACUGAAUUUCGGUGUGACGACUUCUCAUAGGUGUCCAUCGACCUAUCCAAAACUUAAAAAGUAGUUUUCUAGUGAAACCAGUGAUGCCUCUGAUAGGCAACUUGCUGCCACAUGCAACCUUCAUCCUGGCACUGUGUAUAAGCCUUCAACAAGCAGUUAUUACUUUACAGAAUUUGUGGUUGCACCACAGGUCACACUGCUAUAAAUGCCGAUUAGUGACAAUAAAAUUUUUAAUUUUUCCACACAGUUUUCCUUUCUUUUCAUUCUUUUUGAUUUGGUUUAUUUUGUUUUUUUCCAAACACUUUCAAAAAUUCAGUUAUUAUACGUGGGCAAGCAUUAUACACAAUGGUAACUCUUCUGAAACUCUGACCUUCUUUUCAGGAUGGCAUUGAAGAUGGUAGAGUAAAAAAUAACCACCAGGCAAGAGACAAUGAAGGAAGCAGAUCACUGCGACCUGACUCAUUUGCAGCUGCAGUUAAUACUCCCCCACGUGCAUCUGCUAUGUACGUUAAAUCAAGCAUAAAUGGAAGGACGAUAACCAGCAUGAGUCGUGAAGUCACAGUGUAA